AAGGGAAACAAAGGAGAUGAGUGGGCGGCAAAUGCAUUUCUAUCCCUCUCAUUCUCCUCUUUGUUCACUUCACCUUUUGCUUUCCCUGCUUCUCUCUUUCACUAUCUGCUUCAGCAUCCCUCGGCUUUCUUCCUUCUUUCUUGCCAUCUUCUUUGGGCUUUUCACCAUCUAUUCUACAGCUUUAGCUCUCUAUCGAUCCCCCCCCCCCCCUUCUUUCUGGUUGAUUCAUCCAAGUUCUAUCUAGAAUACAUCUGAUAAGAGCUUGACGCUCUCUCUCUCUCUCUCUCAUAGCGUCGAAGAGAGACACCCAUAUUGUGAUAUUCUAUAGGAAUAACAAGAAGCACUGUGAGUUAAAAAUCAAGUGACUGUAAUCCAUGGAGGCACCAAAACCAGAAGAAAUAAGCCACCCACCAAUGGAUCAACUUCAAGGCUUCGAGUACUGUAUCGACUCCAAUCCUUCUUGGGGGGAGGCAAUUGCUUUGGGUUUUCAGCAUUACAUCUUGGCUUUAGGCACUGCAGUGAUGAUACCCACUUUGCUUGUAACAAUGAUAGGAGGAACAGAUGACGAUAAAGUGAGGCUGGUUCAGACUCUGUUAUUUGUGGGAGGAAUUAAUACGCUGCUUCAGACGCUAUUUGGAACCCGGUUGCCAACCGUUAUUGGAGGUUCUUACGCCUUCCUCGUUCCGAUCAUCUCCAUUAUCCAUGAUUCCUCCUUGACGCAAAUCGCUGAUCCUCAUGAGAGAUUUUUGCAAACAAUGAGAGCAAUCCAAGGAGCUCUAAUAGUGGCAUCAAGCAUUCAAAUUAUACUGGGUUACAGUCAGCUUUGGGGAAUCUGCUCCAGGUUUUUCAGCCCACUUGGAAUGGUUCCAGUGAUUUCAUUGGUGGGUUUUGGUCUAUUCGAUAGAGGCUUCCCCAUGGUUGGAAGAUGUGUAGAAAUUGGAAUUCCCAUGCUUAUCCUAUUUAUUGCAUUCUCUCAGUAUCUAAAACAAUUUCAGGCAAAACAUAUCCCAAUAUUGGAGCGUUUCGCACUCGUAUUGUCGAUCACAUUGAUAUGGGCAUACGCACACCUUUUGACAGCGAGUGGUGCAUACAAGCAUCGCCCUCACACGACCCAACUCAACUGCAGAACCGACAGGGCCCACCUCAUCUCCUCUGCACCCUGGAUCAAAAUCCCAUACCCACUGCAAUGGGGUGCACCCACUUUCAAUGCUGGCCAUGCUUUUGGAAUGAUGGCUGCAGUUCUAGUCUCCUUGAUUGAGUCAACAGGAGGGUACAAGGCAGCAUCUAGGCUGGCAAGUGCCACACCUCCGCCAGCUCAUGUUCUUAGCCGUGGUAUUGGUUGGCAGGGAAUCGGGAUCCUAUUAGAUGGACUCUUUGGAACAGGGACCGGCUCCACCGUGUCUGUAGAAAAUGUGGGUCUUCUUGGAGUAACUCGAGUUGGGAGCCGCAGAGUUAUUCAAAUCUCAGCUGGGUUUAUGAUAUUCUUCUCAAUCUUAGGGAAGUUUGGAGCACUAUUUGCAUCGAUACCUUUCACCAUCUUUGCAGCUGUUUAUUGUGUUUUAUUUGGAGUUGUUGCAUCUGUGGGGCUGUCAUUUUUGCAGUUUACAAACAUGAACUCAAUGCGGAAUCUCUUCAUCACGGGCGUUGCCUUCUUCUUAGGAUUAUCUAUUCCUGAGUACUUCCGUGAAUACACCACUAGUUCCCUUCAUGGUCCUGCUCAUACCAAGGCUGCAUGGUUCAACGAUUUCAUAAACACCGUGUUCUCAUCCUCCCCAACUGUGGCACUAAUCGUUGCGGUUUUCCUUGAUAACACCCUCGACUACAAGGAUACGGCUAAAGACAGAGGGAUGCCAUGGUGGGCCAGGUUCCGGACUUUCAAAGGAGACAGUCGGAAUGAGGAGUUCUACACCCUCCCCUUCAACCUCAACCGUUUCUUUCCUCCGGCAUGACUUGAUGCCAUUUUAAUUAAGAAAACGAGGAAGCAAUUUGUCAUUUGCAUAGAAUUCUACUCUAUGAUCACAAUCCUAGUGAAAGAUCUGUGAGAUUUUGUAUGUUCUGCUCCAGUGGCAUUGCUGCUUCACUUUUUUCCCCUUUUUUUCAUCACUAAUUCUAUGUAUAUUCAAAUGGGGUUAUUUGAGUGAAUUGAACUAAUAAAACUAAUUAUUUUCUCUCAUA